GAUACUUGACAGUUGACAUUUCGGCGACUGGCAAGAAGGGCAAGCAAAGUGGCGAGAUUAAUUAAAAAAUAAAAAAUGAGCGAAGAUAUUCAAAGGAAAUUACAGUCAGAAUUAGACAGUUUCAAAAAUGUUCAAAAAGAAUUGCAGAAGGCUAUACAGACAAGGCAACAACUUGAUGGUCAAUUAAAUGAGAAUGAGAUUGUCAAACAGGAACUAGACCUUUUACCAAGUGAUGGAAAAGUAUACAAGUCCGUAGGGCCUGUCCUCAUAAAGACCGAACUAAUAGAAGCAAAGCAGAAUGUAAGCAAGAGAAUGGAUUACAUUACUAAGGAAAUCAAAAGAGUUGAUGAUCUCAUUGGAAAUCUCGAAAAGAAGCAAGAUUCGCACAGAGAAGCCUUGCAAAAACUGCAGCAUCAGUUCCAGCAGGCACAAGUCAAAGCUGCUCUUCAUGCCUAAAGUUAAUAUUUUUGCUGCGCAAAUUAAUUUAAUUCUUAUCUGCAGUCUUGUAUUAAUAUUAUGUUUAAUUAAGCUUUUUCUAAAUACGGAUUUUCCACAUAUUAAUCUAUACUAAUUUUGUUAAUGAAAACUGAAAUAAUUAAAAUAAUUUAUUAACUAAAA